AUGACUACGGCUCCACGGAAGGGUACACGACGAGCAUGUGACCCUUGUGCUGUUCGGAAAAUACGAUGCGACGGCAACCAGCCCUGUUCACGAUGUGAGGCUGCAAGUUGGGAAUGCACCUAUCUCAAGACCCAUGGCAAGUCUGGACCCAAGGGGCCUCGUCGAACGACAGAAGCCGCUAUCAGGAGACUACAGCAGCGCAGCAAAAGCAGCCAGGACGAAUCGAGAAGCAACAGCGAAACAAGCCUCGAUGCUGGAAGCCCAGUGACGACCGAAUUCCCUUACAUCGACCCAUUUGUUCCUGUUGCCGAGCUAGACAUUGAUGGCAAGGCAUGGCCAGAUAUGCUCAGUCCGCCUCUUACGGCGGGGCAAAGAGAGCCCCAGAGAAUAUCGACAUCGUGUAUCUCGCACUACUUGGACAUCUAUCAGGCCCGGGGAUACGGUAUAUGGCCUGUUGUAGACGCCGAAGCAUUGACUGCUCGCCUUCUCACUCAACCGGACGACGUAGAAGCCUAUGCACUUGCGACGGCCAUCUGCGCUGCCAUAGUGAGCCAGUUCUCCAUCGACGCCGAGUUGGGAGAUCCUGUUGAAGGUCACUACCGGGUCUCAAGCGCUGCAUUCGAAGGAGAGGCCAAGAAGGCGCGGAACGAGUCGGACCAUAUGGAGAAUGUUACCAUGUUCUCUUUACUGAGCAGCUUCUUUCUACACGUCUAUUUCGCAAACAUCGGCCGCAUGAACGUUUCGACUGUUCUGUUAGGAGAAGCCAUCGUGAAGGCACAUAUCCUUGGUUUGCACAAGACUACGCACUACCAAGCUAUGGCCGCCGGCGAAAUGCAACACAUUCUGAGGGUGUACUGGUUGCUUUUCAUCACUGAAAGGGCACAUUCUCUCCAGCACGAUGUGCCGACCAUACUGAAGCGAGCACCCGACCUCCCACCACUGGAGAACCUGAACGAUGGUUCAGUCACGCCUGCCUUUGUCCAGCUCUGCCGUCUUUUCAAUAUCCUGGAUGCCACCAUUACAGCGGACCCGGCCACCGUUCGAAGCGCUCUUGCCCUGGCUCAACAGCAGCUUAGUAGUGAUGAUAGCCCUCUCAGUCUAGAGAACGAACUUCAGCGCGCCGAUAUUACAAUGACGCAGCAAUGGAUGCGCAUAUUUUUGUGGCAACAUGCACUCAAUGUGACCAACCUGAGUAGCGCAGACCAGAACGAGGGAUUCUCCUUCUCUUUUCCGGCGAAAGUCGCGCAAAAUGUGCUCAGUAACCUGAGCAGUCUUUCGCGGCAGAGCAUAGAAGCACAUGGACCUGGCAUGGAGUCUAAGCUCUUCGACGUUGCCAACUCGCUCGCGGACGUUAUGAUGAUCAUGCCUUCGAUGAAUCAUGAAUCGCAGUUCUGCCUAGGACCUCGAGACCUCAUCCACUCGCUAUCUCAAGUACUCUCUUCUUUUCGCGGUGGAAACCCUGCGGUCAUGAACAUCCUGCAGAGCAAGUUAAGCACGCUUGGUCUUGCUACCGGUUCGCCCCAGAAAAUGCUCGAUGUUUCUUCACCCGAGGAGGAUCAUGAGGAAUGGCAUGACAGAUCCAUGUCCGCACCGUCCAGCUAUCCGAAAUUCACAGCUAUUGCGCCCCUGUCGCCUACCCUUCCGACGAGUAUGAGCAUGGAUGGCACCUAUUGA